AUGCUUACUAUCCAUCAGCAGAUAAUUGAAUAUUCUCUACAAAGCACUGUCGCACCAGCUGUUCCCAAGUUUUGUGGAGCAUUUGAGUUAGCCUUAAGGGGUCACGAUGAAAAGGAAAAUUCGGAAAACAGAGGCAUAUUUAAGGAGCUGGUGAAUUUUAGCGCCGAAUUAGACAACGAAUUGAAAGUCCAUAUUCAAAGUGCCAAACUUUUCAAGGGUACCUCAAAAACAACUCAAAACGAGCUUCUUGAGUGCAUGCUAGAUGUUUAUCAUGAAGAAGUUAAGAAGGAGAUUGCAAAUUCUCCUUUUGUUGCAGUAAUUGCCGAUGAAACGACUGACGUAGCCUGUGAAUUUCAGUUAGUUAUUAUUUUCAGAUAUUUGUGUAAAGGACAACCAGUUGAGAGAUUUUGGAGAUUUUACGUCCCCGACGGACACGAUGCCAAAUCAAUCGCUGCAUGCGUUUUAAAUGUUGUAAAUCCAUUAAUAGAUCAAAAUCCAAACAAAUUAAUAGCUCAAAGCUAUGAUGGUGCGUCUGUUAUGAGUGGUGAAUUGAAUGGCGUUCAAAAGAUUAUUAAGGAAACUUAUCCACUUGCAAAUUAUGUUCAUUGCUAUGCACACCAGUUAAAUCUAAUUAUGACAAGCGCAUGCUCUGUCAAUAAGCAGGCUAGAAUAUUUUUCCAUAAUUUAUCUGGAUUGUGCUCUUUUUUUUCGACGUCUCCUCAAAGAACAAAAAUUUUGGAUGAAAUAGUUAAUCGCAGAUUGCCAAGAUCUUCCCAAACACGUUGGAAUUUUCAGUCACGAGGUGUUCAUACAGUUUAUGAAAAUAGGAAAGACCUGAUUGAAGUUAUGGACAAUAUAGAAAGUACUUCACGCGAUUCUUCGUCGAUUAAUCAAGCCAGUGGGUACAAAUUAAAGCUGCAAGAUACAAAUUUUGUAUUUUGGCUAAGUAUAUUCCAUAAAAUAAUGCCACAUGUUGAAAUUGUCUUUAACCAAUUACAAAAAGUAUGCACCGAUUCUGUUAAGGUCAAAAAUGAUUUAGAGAAUUUUGAAGCAGCAAUUCAAACUAUACGAGAACAAAUGGAUAGCAUUAUUGACGAGAUUGAACGAGUGCAGAGAGAAACUGAUGAACCGGCAAGAAAAAAAAGGCAAGUUGAAGAAGGCAGCAAAAAACGGGAAGCGUUAGAAAUAUGCGAUGCAGUAUUAUCGCAAAUAAGAACAAGAUUUAACUUUUCUGGGCAUUUAGUUGCUUCUAAUUUAUUUGUGUCUGAAAAGUUUUCUGUUUAUAAACAUCAGUUUCCUGAAGCACAUUUAAAUGACACAUGCACACAAUUUUCAUUUUUAGACAAAAACAGGCUUAAAACUGAGUUACAAGUAUUAUAUCAGAGAGAAGAAUUGAGUACUACUUCUGGAGCUGUUCCACUAUCCAUUUUAUUGAACGAGGAAGGAUUAAAUUGUACGUUUCAAGAAACUCUUAAGCUCUUAAGUAUUUUAAUCACUAUACCGAUGUCAACAUCUGAAGCAGAACGCUCUUUUUCAAUGCUGAAACGGAUUAAAACUUUCCUCAGAAACACAAUGAAGGAAGAAAGGCUUAGUGCUUUAGGAAUGCUGUCUGCAGAAAAACAUUUUGUUAGUGGCAUUGAAAAUUUUAAUAAUAAGGUAAUCGAAAACUUUGCUACCAAAAAAGAAAGAAGAAUGGACUUCAUGUAUAGAAAACUUUGA